AUGGGGAUUCCAAAGUUUUUCCGUUAUGUGUCUGAAAGAUGGCCGAAUAUCUCGCAGUUGAUCGAUGGGACGCAGAUUUCGCAAUUUGACAACUUGUACUUAGACAUGAACUCCAUUCUACACACCGCAACACAUGGCAAUGAAGACGAUAUAAAGAAGCGUCUAAGUGAGGAGGAGGUAUUUGCGAGGAUUUUUGUGUACAUUGAUCACUUGUUCCACACCAUCAAGCCACAGCAGACGCUCUACAUGGCGAUCGAUGGGGUUGCGCCUCGGGCCAAGAUGAACCAGCAGCGCGCACGUCGGUUCAGGUCCGCGAUGGAUGCAGAGACAUCGCUCAAUCGCGCGCGGGAGCGUGGUGAUGAGAUUCCAGAGGGCGAACCGUUUGAUUCCAACUCCAUUACGCCCGGAACCGAGUUCAUGCACAAAUUAACGACGAAUCUAAAGUACUUCAUCCACGAAAAGGUUUCUUCAGACUCUCUGUGGCAGAAUAAAAACAUCAUUUUGUCUGGUCACGAGGUUCCCGGCGAGGGAGAGCAUAAAAUUAUGCAGUAUAUCCGCACUCUCAGAGCGCAGCAGGAUUACAAUCCUAAUACCAGACAUUGUAUCUACGGGUUAGACGCGGACCUUAUCAUGCUUGGUCUAUCGAUUCACGACACACACGUAGCAUUGUUGAGGGAGGAGAUUCUCUACGGGAGAGCACAAAAGCCAAAAGCGCUAGAGCAGCAAAACUUUUACUUACUACAUCUUGCCAUAAUGAGGGAAUACCUUGAGCUUGAAUUUCAGGAGAUCAGCGAUGAAUUGGAGUUUAAGUUUGAUUUUGAGAGGCUCUUAGAUGAUUUCAUCCUAGUUAUGUUUGUCAUCGGUAACGAUUUCUUGCCCAACUUACCGGACUUGCAUUUGAAUAAGGGAGCAUUUCCCGUGUUACUACAGACUUUUAAAGAGACGCUAAAACAUUUGGAUGGUUACAUCAACGAGAAUGGCACAAUUAACUUUGCGAGGUUUUCGGUGUGGUUAGAUUAUUUGUCCAAAUUUGAGCUGAUGAAUUUUGAACGUGAUGAUAUCGACGUAGAUUGGUUCAACAGUCAACUUGAAAAUAUAUCAUUGGAGGGAGAGCGGAAACGGAAGCGCAUUGGCAAGAAGCUUUUGCUAAAACAGCAAAAGAAAAUAGUUGGUGCUGUGAAGCCUUGGUUAAUGAAGAAGUUUAGUGAGACGCUAUCUCCAGAUGUGACUGAGGAAGAAAUUACUAUGACUCCAUGGUUAGAAAAAGACUUGGCGGAGAAGAAUAUAGAUUUUUUGAAGGAAUUUGCACUUGAAUUGGGACUUAUUGUAGUUCACUCUGAUUCCAACGAUACCUAUACUUUCAAAAUUGAUCUGGACAGUUAUAGCAUGAAUCAAUCGGCGGAGGAACACCAGACUCGUGUAGCCGAACUAAGACGUUCGAUAAAGAAGUUUGAGCAAGCCAUUAUCAUUAACGAUGAAGAGGAACUAGAAGAGGCACAGGAGAAGUACAAUGAAAGGUUUAUUCGUUGGAAAGACUCCUACUAUAAGGAGAAGGUUGGCUUCUCUAUCCAUGAUGAAGACAAACUUAAAGAAAUGGCAAAUAACUACAUCGAAGGCCUACAAUGGGUAUUGUAUUAUUAUUAUCAGGGUUGCCCAUCAUGGUCUUGGUAUUACCGUUAUCAUUAUGCACCAAGAAUAUCUGAUAUCCGUAAAGGAUUGGAUGUAAAUAUAUCUUUUUCAUUGGAUCAACCUUUUAAACCAUUUCAGCAGCUUAUGGCUGUCCUACCGGCAAGGUCAAAAGAACUGCUACCACCAGUUUACAGACCAUUGAUGUAUGAUGAUAAAUCACCGAUCCUAGAUUUAUAUCCAGCAGAAGUUGAAUUGGAUAAGAAUGGGAAGACAGCUGAUUGGGAAGCAGUCGUUAAGCUUAAGUUUGUUGACCAAGAUAGAUUACUCGCUGCAAUGGCUCCUUUGGAUGACCUGUUGACUCCAGAGGAAAAAAAGAGGAAUAUCGUUGGUACCGAUCUAAUUUUUGUUUUUAACCCUCAGGUGGAUAAUGUUUACAAGUCUCCAUUGAAAGGAGUUUUUACCGAUAUUGCGAACAAUCACUGUGUUGAAAGAGAAUAUGUUCAUCCUUCCAUGGAAGGUCGCAGCAUUUUGUAUGGACUUCCAGAAGGUGCUAAGUUAGGGACUUCAGCUUUAGCUGGAUUCCCGACUUUAAAGAGCAUUCCAUUUAACGCCCAACUUGCGUACAACGAAUGCACCAUAUUUAACCAGCCAUCGAGACACCAUUCAAUGUUAUUAACUAUAAAAGAUGUGUACCAAUCGAGUAAUUUGAGCGUCAAUGAUGUCGCGGAACGUUAUCUUGGAGAAAUCGUAUACUCCAACUGGCCUUACAUUAGGGAAUCAAAAAUGGUGUCAAUAAUUGACAAUAACUACGUUUAUAUCGCCUCUGAAAAAUGUAAGAAGAGCGGCGGUACCAGUGUCGUAAGAAAGCCUGCGACUCCCGAGGAGAAGAAGGCUUUCAGCUCGAUGGUCAAGAACAUUAUUCACGGCUAUUCGAAGAAGAAAGGUAUUGUUCUCCCUGAAGUUCGUGCCAUUGCUAGGGUGCUUCCAGUUACUGGGCUAAUCAGACAACCGGAUGGCUCUUACCAAAAGUGUUUCUCUAAAGUCGAGGAGUUAUAUCCUCUUCAAUUGAUAGUCGAGGAUGUGGAGAAUAAGGACGAGCGGUAUAUGGAGAGACCACCGCUUCCUAUCGAUGAAGAGUUUCCAACUGGUUCGCGUGUAAUAUUUUUGGGAGAUUAUGCCUAUGGGGGUGAAGCUACAGUUGAUGGCUAUACCAGUGCUACGAGGUUGAAGUUAACCGUAAACAAGCAGUCGACGAAAGCAGAGCCUAAUAUUGGCAAACGCAGAGCGGAAAUGGACAGAAAGGCAGUCCACUACUGGCCAUCCUUUGUAGUUGCGAAAAGAUUGGGGCUCCAUCCACUUUUCUUAUCCAGAAUAACUUCCCGUUUCUUGAUCGAAGUUGACAAUAGAUCAGUGAAUGUUGGCUUAAUGGUAAAGUUCCCAGCUCGCGAUGAAAAAGUUUUAGGCUAUGCGAGGAAAAAUAGGGAGUCAUGGGAAUAUUCAAACUUAACUCUCCAAUUGGUGGACCAAUAUAGGAAGAACUUCCCUGACUUUUUCAAUGCUUUAAUGAAUGUGGAUAAGAAGAUACCGAAAUUGAAGGAUCUUCUUUCAAGACGCAAUGCAGAGGAAGCAAGUGCUAUGUUGGCGUCAAUUACGGCAUUCAUAAAGGACGCCCGUCAAUCAUUCGUCAUUGUGCCCCUAGAGAGUGACUCGUUGACCAAGGCUUCUAUACAGGCUGUUGAAAAAGAGAUCAUGAGGAUUGCAGACUUGCCAGAUCAGUCUGAGAAGCGCCAGUUGGCAAAGGUGCCGAGAGAAGCUAUUCUGGAUCCUCGUCAGUCAUUUGCGUUGUUGCGCACUCAGAGGUUUGACUUAGGUGACCGUGUGAUUUACGUGCAAGAUUCUGGAAAGGUGCCAUUGUUUUCCAAGGGUACUGUGGUCGGAUACACGACAAUAGGUUCAAGAAUAUCUAUACAAGUUUUGUUUGACCAGGAGCUUGCAGCUGGUACUACAUUUGGUGAGAGAUUGCAAACCAACAGAGGGAUUGGUGUGGACUCCUCUUGUUUAUUGAACAUCAGCAAGCGUCAGUUCAUCUAUCACUCAAAAGCUUCAAAACAGUAUACUGAUAAGGCCGCCAAGAAAAAACAAACUAACGUACGGCAACCACCAAAGAUCACUCCUGAACAACGGAGGAAGAGAGUAGAGGAAACCAAAAAGCAACAGGCACAUGAAAUGCUAAACCGUAUCCGGAAUGAAAAUAGUUCUGUUCCCGACAAUUCCAAUCAGCUUUCAGGCACAAACUUUGCGAAUGGCAUAAAAGGUCCAUCGAUUAUCAUGAAUACUCAGGUACCAUUAAACACCGUCGGCAAAAGCGUUGCCAACAAUGUUUAUAACGCUGUUGUAAGUCAACUAGCAAACCCAGCUAUGGAUCAGAACAUUCCCUUUGGCCUACAGUCUGCGCAUAUGAUGGCGAAUCAUAUGCCACAUUCAGGUAUAGUUCCGCUACCACCGAACGGUAUGGUGCCUAUGCACCAGCCGGUAGUCUUCGGUUUCCCACCCCAUGGAGGGGCACCGCCCAACAUGCCUGUGAGUAGAGACUUUUCUCGCCCAAGCAUGGUUCCACAAGCGUUCCACGUUAAUGCAAUUGGUAACAUCACUAACCCGCCAGUAGACGAAGCAUCGACUGCUGCUAUGAAGAACUUGAUACAUCCGCAGAGGCAGGAUAAGAAGGAGGCCGGGAGGUCGCAGUACUCAGGUCGCGGGAGGAAGGGCCCUUACCGUGGGAAUCACGCGAAGAAAUAA